GACGUUGCCAGCUACAACUUUGCACAGCAGUACUACUAUUACUUGACCGCCUUGCCUACUGGCGCCUUCGUUGACCAACGAGUCUUCUUUCCUCUUCCAUCACCGCUUCCUCCACGACAGCUUUUGACAAGCUUGCGACAAAAUGAGUGACUAUGCCGCAAAGGCCGAUGACUAUAGGAAGCAGGCAGAGAAGAAGCUCAAGUCGCUGCUUGGGGGUUUCUUCGGCAACAAGCACGAGGAGGCCGCUGAGCUGCUGGAGAAGGCCGCAAACAACUACAAGCUAGCUAAGAUGUGGCCGGAGUGCUCGGACAUGUAUGAGAAGCUGGCGCAGUGCUAUGUGAAGAUGGACAGCAAGCAUGAGGCCGCUGGGGCGCUGGUGGAGGCAGCUAAGGCAACGGGCAAGAAUGACAGCGUCCGCGCCCAAAACCUGCUCAAGCAGGCCGUGUCCAUCUACACGGAUAUGGGCCGGCUCAACAUGGCCGCUCGUCAGCUGAAGGAGAUCGCCGAGCAGAACGAGAAGGCGGGGCAGAAGGAGGAGGCCAUUCAGUUCUAUGCGGAGGCGGCGGACCUGUUUGAGACAGAGGGGUCAAACUCGGAGGCCACCAAGUGCAAGCUCAAGAUAGCGGAGUUCAGCGCGGAGAUGGGGCGCUACUCCAAGGCCGUGGAGCUGUUCGAGGACGCGGCCCGCCGCGCCGUGGAGAACAACCUGCUCAAGUACAGCGCUCGUGGCUACCUGCUGCAGGCGGGUAUUUGCUGCCUGGUGUACAUGCGCCCAGACGACGUUGCGACCAAGCUGGACAAGUACCGCAGCAUCGACCUGCAGUUUGACGGCUCGCGCGAGUGCACGCUGCUGGAGGGGCUGGUGGAGGCGCGGCGGGAGCAGGACGAGAGCCGCUUCGCCACCGUGCUGGCCGAGUUCGAUGCCAUUACGCGGCUGGACGCGUGGAAGGUCAAGAUCCUGCGCGAGGCGAAGAAGAAGAUCGAGGAGGACGCGCUGGGCGUGGGGUCGGGCGGCGGCGGCGGUGGCGACGACGAGGAGGAGGACCUGUUGUAAGGAGUGCGCUGGGCGCGAGCAGCAGCCGGCGGAGCGGGGGCGGAGGUGGAGCUGGCAGAAGCGGCAGCUAACGCGCGGGGGAGGGGGAUUCGUUCCCACGUAUGAGUGAACCGGGGCUAGGGGACGGGCGAAGCGGGAGAGAGCUGUGGUUGCGCGGGAGGUGUGGCGGUGGAGCUGCUGGUGGUUAACAUGGUGCACAGCAGACGGAGUUCACAUUGUGCCGGCGCUGGCCAGAGGGUAUUGGCGUGGGGUAUUGGGUUGUAGGUAGCAAGGGCGGGCGGCACGGGCGGGCGGUUGACUUACGCAAACGUCACAUACCGUAGGUUAGGCGUCGCGUGGGGCUAAGCAGCCAUGCAUCAAUUGUGUGGCCUCCUGGUGUCUGUGGAGGAGUCAAUCCUUACUAGUGGAGUCCUGACUAUCAUAAUGUGCCGGCGGAAGAGUCUUGACCUGACGCAGCUUGACACAUGGGAGGUUGGGUGACUUGACCGUUUGUGGUUGGGCCGCAUGGACCGAACUGGCGUAUAGAUUUCGACCGCUGAUUGUGCGGAGCUAGGGGUUGAUGAUUCAGGAACAUUUUGAGGCAAUCAAGCGGGACACGAGAGAAGAUUCUGAGUGCGACAACGGGGUCAGGGGAUUCCGACAGUGGCUUAAAAUGCGCGCAGUGCUGGUGCUGUGUAACAUAAAGACUAC